AUUAAAUGAAAAAGAAAUCUGUAUCUACAAGUGCUUCGCUUCCAAUGCCUUACUUUAACGUGUACUUCAAAAUUCACUAUCACACUCAACCAGGAAAGGCAAUUUAUAUAGUAGGUGAUAGUAAUAUCCUCGGUAAUUGGGUGUCUACCUAAGGAGUGCGACUACAAUGGAAUGAGGUAUCAUUUGAAUGAUAAUUUUCGAAAGAAUGACGAAUGGACAAUUUGUAUUAAAAUAGAUCGAUCUAAAUAUUUGAGGAUCGAGUAUAAAUUCAUUGUUAAUAAUUAUGAUUAUCCAACUUUGAAUGAUACACUGUGGGAACCUGGGGAAAACAGAGUCAUCACUAAUCAUAUGAUUGAGAAUGAGACUAAAUCUGAAUAUUUUAAUUGUAUUUAAUAAAUUAAUUAUUCAAGGUGAAUACUGGGGAUACAGAACAAUUAAAUUGAAAUUAAAUUACAAUUUACCUGAAAAGUAGAGAAUGAUGAUAGUGGGCAGCAUUGAAUAACUAGGUCAAUGGAUUCAUCCAGUACUCAUGAAAUAAUAGUCUAAAAUUGACAUAAGUAAUUUUGAUUCAGUAAAAUUUAGUAAGUGGAGAGACAGUAUAAUAAUGGUCGAUCUCCUUUAUUGUUGACUCUAUGCAUUUUUCAUUCAGAUAUUUCUAUGUCAUAAGAAAUGAUGACACAGGUUCAAUGAUAUGGGAGAGAGGUAAUGGAAGAUAUUUGAAAUCUAGUGAUCUCAAAUCCUUCAGAUUGGUUCAAGAUCAAUAUUCUACAUCUCCCAUUAAAAUCAAGACUCAAUUGUUAACUGCUUGUCAACAUCAGCGACUCCAUAACAAGAAAAAUGGAUCAUUUUGUUCAGAAAAACAAUAAAAGCUACACAAAGAAAAAAGCAUGGGAUAUUCAUUUUCGGAUAAGGAACCAUCAUUUUUUUAUUAUGAGUCCUUUGGAAGACUCAAUAAAUUAGACUGGAAUUUUGUAGUGCAAUUCUCCAUCACUCAAAUAAAUGAAAACAUCAUCAUAGGUCCUUAUCCCCAAAAUGAAUAAGACAUAGUCAUCUUAAAGAAUUAGGGUGUUAAAGCAGUUCUGAAUUUAUAAACAAGAUUGGAUGUAUAUCAUAGAGGAGUGGAUUGGGAUGAGAUUUUAUCUAGUUACAAGAAACACAAUAUUUAGAUGAAGAACUUCGAGAUCUUUGAUAUGGAUCCAUAAGAUUUUGAAAAAAAAAUACUUAAAGCUGUGUAAAUACUCAAGAAAUUAAUCAACUAAUAUGAAUCUGUAUAUAUCCAUUGCACUUCUGGUAUUGGAAGAGCACCCUCUCUUGUAGUCAUCUAUUUGUCAUCUGUUUUGUAAAUUCCAUUAAAUGAAGCAAUAACCAUUGUGAAAAAUAAGCGAGAACAUUUUUAUAUUAAUUUUAGUAUUUAUUAGAUAUUUACAUAGACAUGUUGAAAAGGUCUCUAGAGAAAACUAUGAUUUACAAUAGUGGCUUAAAAUAUGAAAACACCUCCCAUGUUAUAGAUUUUUAAAUACAAAGUUCUGGCAAAAUUAAAAAAUAAUAAUUUGAUUACAAUCUACUUUAUUGA